AAAUUUAUAUUGAACGAGAAAUUACGUAUCGAUGGUGAAGGGAAGCCAUCGCAUAGCCGCUAGCUUGACAGAUGUUUUCAACAUUAUUGCAUCCAUUUAUCAAGUAAACCGAUCGACAGCUAGCUAUUCCAAUGCAGCAUCUGAUUCUGAAGGAUAUAUUCAACUAAUGGAUGAUUUUUUUGAAAUCCUGGUCUAAGGAUUGGAUCUUCCUGCAUGAACAACAGAAGAUAAUUGAAUGAGCUCCAGAUUGCUAGAAAGGGAAAGAAGUACAUCCACUUUACCUAUUAAGCACAAGUACUACCAGUUUAAUGUAAUUGAUUUACUGAAAAAAGGGUUAAAUUAUGGCUUAACAUACAGGUCAUUCACACGGCAUCCUGUCUGUAAUUGCAUAAGUUGGGGAGGAAACCACUGAGAAAAUUAUGAAAAUUGUCUUCGUUUGACCCACACCCAUCUGAAAUUGCAGUCCGGGCUCAUCAGCAUAAUUUAUGGGGGUGCCGCUGAUACUGUCCAAUUGGUGAUGGGCAAUUGAAUUUGUAGCGUGAGUAAGAUUUCAAUAGGAUCACAAUCAAAGUGAUUCUUAAUCAAAUUUGGAGUACUCCUGCCAAGGAAGGUUGCGCGGUGGCGCUCAACCCCUGCCGACUAAUUCCUUUCAACUUGGGCUACUGCCUCAUCCUCGGAUUCCAAGCAGUUUAUAUCAUUUCCAGCGAUACAGAGGCAAGGAUCUAACACAAUUACCGCUCCCCGGUGCAUAAAACCUGCCAGGAAUAUUUUAUCCACUUUGGCUAAUAUUACAUCAAAAACGUUUUUCAGUAUGAAGUUGGCAUUAAGCGGACAAUAAGACAUUACAGAUUAGGCAGUAACCGGAAAUAUCUCAUGCUGGAGCUCGGUGGCAAUUUGUGUUUCAUCAAUUUGUGCUCGGAGAGGAUUGUGUUUUGAAAAGAGAGGAGUCUCACUGUGUAUGACGCGAUGAGAGAGAUGCAUUGCUCCUAAGACAAGCUCUCUUCAGUCCGGACUGACUGCUAAUGGGUCAUGUGGAGCGUUUGAUUAGAGAGAUGUAGCAAUGUGCGCAGAAGGCUGUGAUUACCGAUGAAUGAUGACUGUGUAUCUGACAAUUCAAUCCCGAGGGAUCCAAGCUAUCUGCUAUUUACAUGUACAUGUAUGUGACGUCAACCCGGGAGAGCGAUACUUCGAGCUAAAAAACUGUUAUGACGAUUAAGAAAUUAGCCAUAUAAUUAAGUGCUUUUUGAUUUAUUAGUACUAGUAACGAUAAUCCUGUGUGACUGAUUGUGGGACAAACUCUACUUCUGCAUUUCACAAUUUUCAUCAAUUAACUUGCUGAUACCUGAAAGGCAAUGCAUCUGAGUAACUGAAGUGACUAUUUGUCUCUGCUGAUGAUGAGAAUCUUGUAUUUGUCAUGGAGCUUGACGGAGCCAGAGAUACAUUCCUUACCCGUCUCAACAAAUCACUGGAGGUUGGAUGGCAGUGCAAACUCAAACAAGAUGGACGUCUCUACUAUUUAAAUCACAACAAUGAAACAUCUCACUGGAUUCCCCCUUUGUCUAACUGGUCUCUGGUUGGGGAUCUCCCAUAUGGAUGGGAGACUGCUCGUGAUAAGAAUGGAAAAGAAUACUAUAUCAACCACAGGACGUCCUCCACGACAAGAGAAGACCCCUUUGACCUGGAGGAAGCACCCCCUGAGCAGAGGGAUGUGAUCCUGGUCAGAGACACCGCCUUGGGUUUCGGUUUCAUCGCAGGCAGCGAGAGACCGGUCGUCAUACGAUCCGUCACCGAAGGUGGACCCUCCAUCGGUAAACUACUUCCUGGAGAUGAGAUUCUCAAGGUGAACGGAGAGGAUGUGAGGAACAGCGAUCGUCAGUACAUCAUUGAUAAGAUAAGAUACUCCACUGAUGAAAUCGCUCUCUCCGUUAUUCAGCCCUACAUCGACAAGACGGGCCUGAAGUCGUCAUUCCUCAGCGCGACAAAAAAGCAGAAACUGAAAGCCAAACCCCCUCGUGUACGCUUUGCUGACAGUGUCAACACAUUUCCCUCCAAUGCGCCCAAGAUGCCACCAAGUCUGGUGUACUUACCAAACGUCCUCAAGGUUUAUCUCGAGAACGGCCAAACCAAAUCAUUCAAGUAUGAUGACUCCACUACAGUCAAGGAGGUGUUGGUGAAUCUGAAGGAGAAGCUAGGACUGAAAUGCCUGGAAUACUUCUCAUUGGUAGUAGAGGAUGUACGAGUUCCAUCCCAACAUAAGUUCAUCAUCCUACAAGAACAGGAAUCACUCAGACAGAUUGCAGAGAGACCGGGUAGUCAGAACUGGAAGUGCCACUUGAGGAUCACCUACAUACCCUUUGAUGCAUAUGAUCUUCUUAAUGAAGAUGCUCAGGCCUUUGACUACUUCUACCAACAGUGCUGCAAUGAUGUUCUUCAGGAGAGGUUCUCCACCGAGAUGAAACCAGAGACUGUGAUGCGGCUAGCAUCCCUCCACAUCCAGCAGCAUCACUUAGCCAGCAAGCAAACCACCAAACUCUCUCUUAAAGUCAUUGAGAAGGAAGAUGGUCUAGGAAGUUUUCUACCCAGGAACAUCCUGUCUCACUGGAAGGCCAAAGAACUCAGGAAGAUGAUCUCACAACACAUGAAACAGAACCAAAACCUGGCCGCUCCAGGGCAGAAGCAUCUGACCGAGUUGCAAGCCAAGCUUCACUACCUCAAGAUCUUUGGGACGCUCAAGUCAUUUGGGACUAGGACAUUCCUCACAACCAUACUGGAUUUCCCUGAUGUAGACCAGCAGUCGGAUGCGAGCGUGAUCAUAGGACCACACUGUGACAUCAGUCUGUUAGCUAAGACCGGUGACUGGGCUCCGGUCCUAGAGUUCAACCACCUGACCCGUAUCCUGCUGACCGUUGAGUGCGGGACGGAGGAAGGGGUUCAUAGGCUAGAGCUGCAUCAGAAAAGUGGACAGGCUAUUAUAUUCCUGAUGCAGAGUGAAGAUGCCCAACAGAUGGCGUCCUUUAUCAAUGGAUACUACAGACUGUUGGUAAACAGGAGUAGAACACUCCUUACUGAAACCAGUCUUGGGAUGCCAGCUGCCAAAACAGAAGCUCCACCAUACUACGGGAAACACCAUGUCUCGAUCGCCAAAUGGAACUACCCAGAUGACCUUGUGUCGGAGGUCAUAUCGGAAGAGGUCAAUAAUGUAGAUUCAUCUGAGUUUGAGAAAGCACCAAAGAGAAGGAAAACAAGAGAGGGGGAGCAGUGGGUUGACCUGUCAGCGGGACCCCCUCCCUAUCAACCUGAUCUGACAUAUAUCAGAAACUUGAAGAUGCAUGACCGUCUUCAAAACAUUCCUGAGUUGGCAGAGGAGCACGAUACCAAAGAAAAUGUGGAGGACUCUCUUCCUGUUGAGCCCAAGACAGCAGCAGCAGAGCCAGAGGUCUCACCGGAGCAGCUGGACGAUUCCAGUCCCCAGUCAGAAGACAGUCAGUUCUCUGAGGAGAAGGCAGACAGUGAGAAGGAGGAAGAGAUUCUCUCCCUUCUGAGCAGCGGCGCAUCCAGUCCAGAGAGCGAUGGUAGCGUCUCAAGCGUAAGCGGUGCUGCUGCAAUCGACAGCAACAGGAAGAGUGAAGCAAAGUCCAAGAAAACAGGCAAGAAGAGAGACAGGUCGCUGACCGAAGGAAUCAGUAAAAAGAUCUUUAGAUCUAUCACCGGGAUGAAAUUCAAUGUGAAGGACACAGUGGCAUCCAAUGACUCUGAAAAUGUGACAACCACUGAGGGAAAGUUUAUUAGUGCUUCUCCCACACAGGACACAAGUUUGGAGAGUGAAAGCAAUUCAGUCCAUUCUGCUGAAGAAAGUUUUGUGAAGGAUGAAGCAAGUGAGGAGAGGCCAAACUCAAGAUUAAGAGCAAGGGAUUCUAUUUUGAUUCAGCACAGGAAAAUCAGUCCUAGGUUAGAGAGGCGUCGGGACAGCGAAGACAGCGAGGUGUCCUCUGAAAACACAGAGGGACAGUCAAAUGACAGUGACAUUAUUGAUUUGACAAACAUUGGUGAUUUUGAUUUUGAUUCGGAUCUCUCACCCACGAAGAGUGUUGAUGCUUACGAUGAUGUCUUUAUGGAUGAUGAUGAGGUUUCAGACAGAGUUUGUGAAAUGCAUCAAGUGGAGUUCCAUGUAGGCUCAGAGCCAGAUGAUAAUAUCUCUCCUGGAGUGGAAGAUGACAGUGAAAUGCUAGCCCUGUGCAAUGAAAGUGAUGUAGAACUUGAUUUACCAGGAUUUGACAAUGAUGAUGAUGAUGAUGUUGAUAAAAAUAAACAUAAGAUGGAUAACCACGGAGAAGGAGAUUACCAUGAAGAGGAAGUAGAAGAUGAAGAUGACAUACCAGUAUCAGUCAUAGAUACAGUCUCACCAUCACCUUCAUUAACAUCACCUAUGGAUACUUCUGAUGAGGCACAUGGCAUGCAGCUAGCAGCCCUGGUAGCGCUAAAUGCCAGUCUGGAAGAACCUACAGAAUCGCUCCAAGCAGCUGCAAAGAGUCCUGACAACGAAUGUGAGUCAGACUCUGGAAACGAGACUAUUUCUUCAGAAAUUGACAAUAAUAACACAGAGCACACCAGCACAUACCAAUCCCCUAGAGACUAUGCAUCAUUUGAUACAGCAUCUAAUUUCACAGAUUCCGUAGAUUUAGUGGAGCCUGAAUCGAGCAGUACUACUUCUCUCAAAGAUGAGGAUAUUCAUGAGCCUUACGGUUGUGCAGCGGGCUGUGCAACUAGCUCAGAUACUGAAAGUACUUCAACUCUGCACGGUAGCAGUCCAAACCUGAGCGCGAUCGACAUGCAUGUAGGAGAUGACAGAGCUCCUUCAGUACACCAUCAGAACAUCGAUGAUGUUCUCCCCUCACUUGCAGCACCAGAAACCAGUGCAGGGGUAGGUGGCUAUGUUGAUGACAUUGAAGCCCUCAUCGCUACUUUGGCGGUACAGCCACCUCCGCUCUUGGACAGUGGAGAAAUUGAUGAAGAACUUCUCCAGGCCAUCCUCCCUCCUCCACCCCUAGAAGGGUUUGACGAGGGUGCUAUAGAAGGUGCAUUUCCACAGAUGAAUCUGAGUGAAGAUGAUGAAGAUGAGAAGAAAGAGAUUGUUAAUCCUAACAUAGACUUCCUGAAAAAUAAAUCAUGGGAACUUGAUGAAGAGGAAGAUAGAGCCGUCACAGAACUUGCAACCUCACUGGAUUUGUUGAAGAUGCCUUCACCAGGUGAUGAGCCCGACAUGUCGGAAGUAUUGGAUACCUCCACCAGUAUUAAAUCCAACAAUGGGAUGAACUUGAGAUCUUCAUUUCCUGAUCCCCAAGAUUGUGAAGGAACAUUUGGUUGGAAUGCAGAGCAAGAUGGCAGAGAUGAUGAUGAUGAAGAAGACAAAGAUCUUGAUUCUGAUAUGGGAGAUCUUGAGGAAGAGGCUGGUCUGAGGGAACUCCUAGAGCUCACCUUGUCAAAUGCCAUUGGUAGUAUACAUCAUGCAGAACCAAGUGAGUUUAGUGAAGAAGGGUUUAUCACUCCUUCCGAAGUUGUUCGGGACCACUUGGAAUGGGAAAAUAACAAGGAUGUCAUCAGUGAAAUUGAGAGCUGUAAUGAAACUGAAGAGGAACUUACACCUAGGCCUAAAUCAUUGAAUCCAGAUAAUGCUGAAAGUGAUGGAGAGGGUGAAGUUAUAAAGGUUCAGUAUGAUAGUUAUGGGCAGUUGAGAGGCCAUGGAUCUCCAGAAGAGAAAGUUGCAAAUAUAUUAGAUGCAAUCAUUUCAGGUGGCAUAUCUCCAAAUGUAUCAAGUUCAUCAAAUCGAUCUACCCCAAGUUAUGACAAACCUUUGAAUUCUCCUCAUGACUUGGAUGCAAAGCCUCGUGGGAUUCAACAGAGCAAGCUACAGGGUAGCGUGGACAGUGGAUUCCAUCAGCCCGAUCAAGACCAGCUUUCAGUGACCUCUCCAUCUGAGACAUCGUCCGUGACUGGUAUGGACAACAAUUGCUCAGGAAUCCUUGAUGCCCUGGUAAUGAGUGCCAGUGCUCACCCAAAAGAUGGACUUGAAGACAAGACGAUCCAAGAAAGUACCACAGAGAAGAUGGAGGACAGUAACGCAGAGAAGCCUGUAGUCAGACCAAAGAUUAUGGGAGGCAAGCCUAAUGUUCCUCCCAAACCACCCAAGCCGGCAAGACCCAAGGAUCUUCAACUGAAGCUGGAUGAGUACGCAGGUGACACAGCCCUGAGGAAAAGCAAUAAGUAUCCAGCUCCCCAGCCUCCCCAGCCUCCUCCUCGGAAGCGCUACAAAGCUCCAAGCAUCGCAGCCAAAGCUUCCAGGUUUGAAAACACCAAUGUAUAUAAAUCUCAUGAGAAAGGGAGCCCUGAAAGAUUUGCAACUCUACCAAAGUCCUUUGCCCCUCCAUGUGACAUAGAUGGUGAUAUUGAUUCCUCUCAAAAGCCAGAGCUGACAAGAUUUCAUUCUGAUAUAGCCACCUAUGGUUGUGAAGUCGAUGUACAAGAAAAGCAGAAGAGUGGUAAACCUGUGACCCGCAGUCAUACUUUUUCAGACUCUUCUCCAACAAAGGAUUCCAGUAUAAAGCCAGCUCCGCUUCGAAAAGCUCCUCCGGCUCCCCUUCCUAAACCAAAGAAAACCUCAGGUGCGUCACCUACUAGUUCAGGGACAUCUUCUCCGAGACUUUCCCAAAGAAGUCCAUCUGCAAGUAAUUCUCCAUCAUUAUCUAAGAAGCAGUCUUUUACUGGAUCACUGUCAAGAUUACUUACCCCAAAGAAUAAAACUUGGGGACAGUUUAAAGAUGCACUUCCGUUCAAGCAAGGAUCAUUCAAGGGAAACGGCAGCAGUCGCUCCAAGUCAAAGUCUAGGAAACCACUGAAGGCUCUUUGGCCAUCGGCGACAAUGGACACUCCAGGAGACAUAGGCAAUGCAACGAAAGAAGCGUCAGAAAAUCGUAGCAACACAUUGGAGAAAGGUGGAUGGGGGAUGUUUCAGAGGUCUGAGUCGGCAGAGUUCAACACAAAACCAGACUAUAGCUUGGAAGUACGAGCAAGAUCUUUCUCAAUGAAUUUGAUGAGAAACAACAGUGAGGAUUCAACUUCUGAGUCUGAUAUGGAAACGCCGAAGGGUUCACCGAACCUCAGACAGGGUGGUACCUUGAAGGAGCGUCCGUCAUCCAUGAUUAGCCUGACAGAGAGCUUCCCUCCUCCGUUCUAUCACCCAAGGAGGCCACCCCCUCCCAGACCUUCCAAUCCUCCUGUCCUCAAGGCAGCAAGCCUUAGCAAACUCUCAACUAGAAUGUAUGUCCAGACAGGACCUAUCUCACCAAUACCUCCAUCAUCUCCUGUAGUAUCCCCCGAGCCUGUACCAAGUCUCGAUAGCAGCUUUGAUACAGACACUGAAGUCUCUUCUCCAACACCACCUCCACUACCUUCGACAAAUCCUCCAGAUUUCUCUAAACCAGAAGGGGACAUUUCACCAGUUGAUGAUCAGUACUGCAACGGUAACGACAAUGCUGAUCUUAUAAUGGAUAUCGAAAGCAGAGACUAUGAUGGGGAAGCAGCCAUCAGUAGGGCCAUCCAGGACAUUGAACUACUUGCAGAUGACAUGAGGGAUAGCAUCUCCACGGUGGAGAGUCAGCCGAAUUCACGGCAGUUCCGACAGACCAAGGAGAGCUUGUUGUCGGAGGUGCGGGAGUUCACCAGUAACACCAAGAUGGUGGUGAGUGCAGCAGGUCAGCCUGGACAGCAGCUCAAGGAUUGUACUAACAGCAGCAUGCACACCCUGGCAAGGCUAUGCUCAGCUACACAGGCAUCCAUGGAUGUGAUGUCCUCAACCCCUCAAGCAAAGAAUCUCGGCAGAAAAGUUGAAGACGUGGCCAGAAAUUUCGGAGCUACCCUUGGGGCAGCCAGCGAGGCUCAUGGGAAGCCUAUGAGUGAUCCCAGGAUGCAACAGCUGCUCCGAAAAGCCCAGACGAUGGCCGCUCUCCUCUCUGCCCUCAUGAGAAGUCUGCGUAUGCUUCAGCACUGACAUUGCCGCAACCGAUGCCUCAUGAAAUCCUCUUGGCAGCAAAAAAAAAAUCUCCAUGUUAUUUUUAAUUAUCUUUGAGUCUGAUCCUUUGCUUAGCCUUAUAAAGCCAGAUUAAGUGAGACUAUUAUCAUGAGUAAUUCUGUUCUUUAUUUAUGGUACAUGGUUUUUAUUCAAGGAAAUGCUCUAGUUACAGAGUAGGAAAGUUCUUUCCAACAAGUGGGUGCUGUUGUCCUUACUAUAGGGCCAUAUUUUGUAACUACACAUCGUAUUCUUUCAUUUUAACGAUUUUUUUUUUUAAUGUUCAAGAUUCAGUUUUAUGUUCCUUUUCAGAUUACUAAGUCAAAUUUAGUCAGAAUGUAAUGGUGCUGUUAUUACAGUCUUUCUGUUCAAUUUAUCAAGAAUUUUAGGAACAUGUUGAUAUUUGGCCGUCUGUAUAUCCACUGUUCAUUGUGUACAGAGAAAUACUUCACAUUAAUAAUUUUUAGAUUUAAUGCGUUUGAUUUUGCACUUGUAGAUGGAGAAUUACACCUUUUGACAAUUUUUCUAAAAUCUUAGUAAACAGUCAUCCAGCGCUGGACGCAUUUCAAGGAUACUUCAAUUUUUCUUUCUGCACAAUUCAAGCUAGCAGCUAUUAUUUGUUAAGCAAAUAAUAUCCAGACAUGGUGUCCCCAAUACGAGGCAUGAGAGUCUAUCAUUGUUCAAUAAUCCACUUCAAGUAGACACACACUCACAUGGGAAGUAUUACAUUAUCCAAGUAUUUGUUUUUGUGUAGUUGACUGACAGUUCUGUAAUGUUCUAGUCUAUUCUGCAGCCGUAAUAGUGAUAGCAUCUUAAUAUCUUUACGUGGCAGCGAAAAUUUGUCGUGAAAUUGUAUGAUAAAUGGGUUUCUGAUCAGAAAUAUUCCUUUCCUCAAUGUCGACGUUUGAGGACUAGUGGUAGCCCUUUAGUUUAGCAGUGUUCAUGUUUAUGCAAGGGCCUUGGUUUAAAACCAAUUCGAUGUGGUAUUCUCAAUUACCAAGUCCUUUGAAUAGGACUAAAGUUGUAGGUCUCUGCACAUGCAAGUAGCUGCUUUCUUAAUAGUCAGAUUUGAUAAAUGAUCAUUGAAUAAUCAUAUACAAAUAGGGUAAAGUAACAAAGAUACAACUGCAACUCAAUUAUGAAAACCAUUAGAUAAGAAAAAAUACCGGUACUCCUUGAAAAUGGGGAAGCGGCCAUAGGUCGACUUUGAGAAGAAAGUAAACAUGGGUGUAAUACCUUCUCAUUCAAACAUGAACAUAUAUUAGCAUGAAGACCAAACUUUUCUGAAAUAGAUACAGAAAAGUAAGACUAUUCAAACUUGAACCAUGGCUAUGGAAAGCUAUGUGCACCGGUGGUGAACAAACAAUAACAGAUACGAGACAAGCAGCUUAUGUUAACAAGACACUUUAACCUUAAUAUCCUAUUCAAACAGAGAUUCCACUACCACCGUGGAGUGACUGUGAGUUACUUCAAGUCGAUUUGUUGUUUCUCUUCACAUAUUCCAUAAAGAAGAAAAAAAUGAGAAGAAUAUUUUACUGUUUUUUUUUUCCUCUUUUUUUGAAGCUCAAAUAUUCAAAUGUUUUUGUUAGUCAAUUGGAUGUGAAUUUUUAUAGGAUAUUAUGAGAAAGUAAAGCUGCAUGCACCAAGGAGUUUUUUGUAGUGUUAUUAUAGCCUAAAAGCUCGUAGAUUCAUUUUUGCUUUGAUAUGCUGCUAGGGAAAAAC